UCAUCGCCAUCACCGCCAUCAUCGCCAUCCUCUUCUACGACGACACGACUUGCGUCACAAACUUGUGAAUCGCUUGCACUGCCACCUUGCCUUGUGACAUCUGGUCAUAUCGACCCUACCCGACGCUCCCUGCACAACGUCACUGGCUGGUCGUGGUUCGAAAUCUUGCUUACUGGGUGCCGCACAGCACCUCGAGAGGCUCGCCAUCUCCUACCGUGCCUGCAUUUCAUCGACUUGCUGUCCGCCAUGCCGCAACGUCCACCCAAGACACCCAGCACGCCUGGCCCUUCACACAAUGGUGCCCACAGCCAUGGCCCUGCGACUCCCAUGCCCGAGGAACCGCCUGCAGUCUGUGCGGGUGGCACGUACACGCUGGAAGAGGUUGCUGUUGGGUGCAAGAUAUUUGUGCAAAAGCCCGAUUUGGCAACGGGAGAGAUGGAGGAGCGCAUGGCAGAGAUUCUGUCCAUACGAGAAAAGCCGAAGCCCAAGCGCAAAGUGGGAGAGAAGGACAGUUCAGCUGCUCUGCCAAUCACCGAAAGGCUCGAGUACUAUGUGCACUAUUCCGAGUUCAACAAGCGUCUCGACGAAUGGGUGCUCGCAAAGCGUCUCGUCCUCUCCCGCGACCUCGCUUUCCCUGCUCCACCGCCACAGCAAGCAUCCGCCCAGCCAGGCUCCAAUCGUAAAAAAACUGCGCAGCAUAGGGGCAGCCUACCGGGCACUCCAUCUGCUGCACCAGCAACUCCCACAACGGGUGGAAGGACGUCAUCGUCGGUCAAUCUGCUGAAACAAGCUGCCUUGGCCGCUGCUCAGGAAGCUGGCGAUGCCGCCAGUCAGGGUCGGGAUGGGUCGCAGCUUGCGGCUGGCCAGAAACGUCGGGCAGCAUCUCACGAGUCUGACGAUGCUGGCAGCGAACCCGUCACACCUUCCACGCCCCACGGGGACGUGGAAAUGUCAGAUGGCGAAGCUGGCCCGCCGGGUGGAGGUGUGGCGGGCGAAGGAGAUGCCGUCGUUUCGAUGGAAGUGGUCACAGAGCAAGAUGGCGAAGGCGAAGACGUUGGACCGCAAGAUGUCCUUGCUGCCUCGGAUGGCACGUCGCUGGACCCCAAUGCCCGCAAAAAAGCGCCUAUCAGCAAGGAGGCCGAGAUCGAAAAGCUGCGUACCAGCGGUUCCAUGACGCAAUCAUCGCAUGAGGUGUCAAGAGUCAAGAAUCUCAACAAGAUCCAGAUGGGAGCACACGAGAUCGAGACUUGGUACUUUAGUCCAUAUCCAGUCGAGUAUGCGUACGUCGAUAUGCUCUACAUCUGCGAAAUGUGCCUCAGCUACUUCCCUAGCGACUUUAUGCUUCGUCGUCAUCGGCAGAAAUGCGGCUUGGUACACCCGCCGGGCAACGAAAUUUAUCGACACGAGGAUAUCUCGUUCUUUGAAAUUGACGGCAGAAGACAGAAGACGUGGUGCCGCAAUCUAUGCUUGAUCAGCAAAUGCUUUCUGGAUCACAAAACGCUGUACUACGACGUCGAUCCUUUCUUGUAUUACGUGAUGGCUCAAAGGGAUGAUGCCGGCGUCCACAUCAUCGGCUACUUCUCCAAAGAGAAAGAGAGCGCUGAAAAUUACAACGUCGCUUGUAUCUUGACCCUGCCACAGCAUCAGCGUUCGGGAUUCGGAAGGCUACUCAUCGAGUUCAGCUACGAACUUACUAAACGUGAACAUAAGCUGGGCAGCCCCGAAAAGCCGCUUUCGGAUUUGGGACUACUCGGGUACCGAGCGUAUUGGGCGGAGACGAUCGUUGAGCUGCUUCUGCGCACAGAGGAAGACAUCUCAAUUGAAGAAAUCUCCAACAGGACUGCCAUCAUUCCGUCUGACGUCCUUCACACCUGCACUGCGCUCAACAUGUUGAAGCACUAUCAAGGCAAGCACUACCUGGUGCUGAACGACACAGUGUUGCAGCAGCACGAAAAGCAAAUGAAAAAGAAGCGCCGAAGGAUUGUGCCGGAAAAAUUGAACUGGGAGCCGCCGAAGUUCACCAGAGAACAAUUGCGUUUUGGUUGGUAAGCUCUUCUGUCAAAUCUCCAGCCUUUGCGAAUCGCCUGCCCGUGUUCCGUUCGAGCUGUAAUUUCCCAUUGUGUAUCAUAGCAACAUCCACACGCUACAAUCUAUGCGGUUCUUCGGG